UGGCGUGGACGACCCGGCGGGAGCGGCGGCUGAGGCGAGCGGAGCCCCGGCCCCUUCUCCGCUCGUCCGCGCUUCCGCUGCGCCAGCGCCGCGCGUGAGCCCCGAGCCCGAGGAGACAUGAGCGCCCGGCGGCCCGGCGCACCCAAGGCGCAGCGGCCCGGCCCCGCGGCCCCGUGAUGGGCUCCUGCGUGUCGCGAGAUUUGCUCACAAGUUCCCACAAGGACUGCCCCAUGCCCCAGGGCACGGCCCCCCUGAGCCCAGACUCGCCCUCCAGCCGCCCACCCAUCAUGGCUCCAGACCAUGUCAUUGGCAAGGACAAACAGAUGGAUUUCUGUUGGGAUCCUUGGCAGAGGUGCUUCCAGACCACCAACGGCUACCUGUCCGACUCCAGAUCCUGCUCCAGCAACUACAACGUGGCAGCCCUGGCCACCUCGUCCCUCGUGGGAGUGGUGCAGAGCAUCAAGGACCACAUCACAAAGCCCACGGCCAUGGCACGUGGCCGCGUGGCCCACCUCAUCGAGUGGAAGGGCUGGAGUGCCCAGCGCUCAGGCUGGGAGUUGUCCACAGCCGAGGACGAGCAUUACUGCUGCCUCCCAGAUGAGCUGCGCGAGGCCCGCUUUGCUGCAGGGGUUGCCGAGCAGUUUGCCAUCACGGAGGCCACACUGAGUGCCUGGUCCUCGCUGGACGACGAGGAGCUGCCCCCAGAGAACAGCCCCCAGGACGUCAUCCAGCUACAGGACCUGGAGAGCAUCUACCUUCAGGACAGUCUUCUGAGUGUCCCCUCGCAGGAUGACAGUCUUCUGGCCUUCUCCUCCCCCGAUGGAUGGCCCUCAUCUGACGAGCCCCCCACCAUAGCCUCUGGCCCGCAGCCCCCCAGCCCCGAACAGCAGCGCUGGCAGCGGCUCCUGGGGGCCCCGGGGCCCGAGGGUGGGGCCCGCCUGCAGGGCUCCCUCCCGUCGGUGGACAGUGGCUCCCUCUCGGAGGAGGACGAGGUGUUCUAUAACUGAGGCGGGGGCCGGAGCCUGCUCACGCCAUGACCUUGCCUGGUGGGAAGCCCAGGUAUAUCAGGACACCAGGGUCUGGCUGGGCAUCUCUUGACCCCUCAGGGCAGGCACGGGGUGGGUGCGGCAGGGAUGGGGGCCAGCAUUCCUUGGGGACCAUUCCGUGCCUCUGUGGACCUGCCCCCCGCAGUGGGAGCCGUAAUCCCCUUCUCCCUCUUUACUUGGCUCAGGCGGGCACCUUCCCCUGCAGUUUCUGCCAUCAGCGAGCUCAAGGACUCUCAGCAGACAGCAGGCAGGCCGCCCAGAGGGGCCAACAGCCAGGUUCCCAGGCAGACAACCGCGGAGGGGCCUGGGAGACCCGCCUCGACCCCAGGGCUCGGUUCCUCGCCCCUCCCCUCUGUGCUCCUGCCCCCCACCAGAGGCGGGGUGGCCUCUUGGGGUACCUAACAUCUGCUCCUUAGUGCUCUUCACGAGGAUUCUGUCUCUGGAGUGUCUGUCUGUCCGUCACUCUCUGGAUCUGCUCCCUGGUGCCCUGCUCCCCCAUCCUUGCUCUCUCCUCCCAUCUCCCUGAAGGUUCUCUGAAGACAUUAAAGUGGUGGAUUCACCCUGGAGGAACUUGGCCUGGUCUCUGCUGGGGACGGCAUGUCCUCAGGCCCUGGCGGGGGGAGCUCUAGAAGGACUUUGGAGAGGGCCCCUACCCCCAAAAUACACAGACAGCUGGUCAACCUGCUGCCAGCAGCCAGGAGGGUCCCCGUGGAGGAUGCUUAAGGCUCUGUGGACUCUCCAAGGAACCACACGUGGGGACCCCGCUGUGUCAACCCUGGCUCAGCCAAGGAGGAGGCUGAGGCUGCUGGAGUGAGGGAAACUGGGCCACAGGGUCGUGCUCACACAUGACGACAGGCAUCAUAAGACCUGGUGGGAACCUGCUUUCAUAACUCCCUGCCGGGAAGGGGGACAUGAGGAGGCGUGGGAAACCAGGCCCCAGGCCUGCAAGGCCCACAUGACCACCAGGGGGCCCCCAAGAGCUCACUCAGGGCCGGCAAAUGUGGCCUUGCUGAGGCGGCAAGAUAACACCCUGGAUGCUGAGAUGAGGGACAGACGGCUCUGGCAAUCAGCUUUAUUUUUUCUCAGGAGCCUCCGGUUGGGAGUCAUACAACCCUCAGAGGGCAUCUCUGCGUGCCCUUGGCGACAGAAUAUCCCAAUGUCUUCAUUCGUGAAUUUGAUUCUUUCAUGGAGCACCCACCAUAUGCUGGUUUUCUGCUGUCUUGCGUUCUGAGUUCUGUCCAGAGGGGGAUUUGUCCUUCAAGGCAGGUAGCACUUGUUUCAUGGAGAAUGGGACGUGGUGACUAUGGGGCCUCUUCAGUGCUAGCUUAGCUGCCUACUUUGCCGAAGAGUUGAGCUGGGCUGGAGGGGAGGGGUGCGUUAUGAUGGGGGGGGAGAGAGGCAGGGUCUCUGCCCCAUCUCCGUCACCAGGGCAGCUGAGGGGCCCUGUUUCAUCUUGCCAGGCUGGCUCACUUUGGGGCAGGAGGGUUUGUCAGGUUGGAAAUUGCUUUCUUCAACUAGAACAGAGAACAGAGUGGGGAGGAUGUAGAGGAGAUUGCAAGUGGGGGGCACCAGUAUAGUUUGACUCCCCUAAGGGUUGAUUCUGGAGUGAAUUUUAGAGCCAGUGCCUCCCUAUUGCAUAGAUCAGAUCAUUGAGGCCCAGAGAAUGGCAGGGCUGGCCACAAAAUAAGGUAGAGGUAGCUGGACCAAGUGGCUGGCUACUCUGGGCCAGGAAGUGAGGCUCAUCAGAAUCCCAUGAGGCCCCUCCAAGUUUUUUUUUUUUUUGGCCACGCUGUGCGGCAUGUGGGAUCUUAGUUCCCCGACCAGGGAUCGAACCCACGCCCCCUGCAGUGGAAGAGCAGAAUCUUAACCACGGGACCACCAGGGAAGUCCCAAGGCCCCUCCAAAUUUGAUGGCAGAAUUUUGGUGCCCCCCCCACCUCCCCAGCCUGUUUGAGCAUGGCUCCUCCCCUUUGCUCCACCCUUGGGACCAUGGUACCUCCACCCAAGACACGAAGCCCACAGCUCUGCCCUGAGACGUCACGAAGAGGGACUGAAGUUUCAACAGCUCGAAGAGGUUGUGUGCCUGCAGGGGGGGCGGUUAGGAAACACUGGAGGAUAGGUGACACCGACCCGAACCCUCUGGCUUCAGUUUCUUCCUAGCUUGGCAGCUUUGAGCAGAGGUGAAGGCCCGGGCCAGGCUCUGUCCCAGUGGUGCCCACCCCACCUUGUUUCUGAGCCUGGGAGGGCUGGACAGCUGUGAUGGAGGGUGGGAGACCAAGACCUGGGCCUGCAAUGUCCAAUGUGACCACCAGGGGUCCCCAGAGUCCACACAAGGGACUAGUGGAAAGGACCCGUUUUUCAGCAUCAUCUGGCAUCAUCCACUGGCACAGAGGGGUUGGGGCCACCCUUAGGUCCCCAACCUGCUUCUGUCCCUCCAUGACCCAUGUGCCAGGCUCUGUGCUUGCAGGGGGGAGGGGAUCAGCAUUCAGAGUGAUUAAGUACUUUGCCCAAGAUCACACAGGCAGAAUGUAGUAGACCUGAAAUUGAAACCCACGUGUGCCUUGAUGAAAAGACAUAUUUUUAACCACUCUUUCUUUCCAUCCAGAAUCUUCUGGUUCCCAAGCUCUCCCUCUUCCCUAGUCUCUGCAUCAUCCCAACAGCCCUGGAACUGAGAGACAGAGAGGGCAGGAACUGCAUGCCCAUUCCACAGGUGAGGAAGCAGGCCCAGGAGGAACAGAAAGCCACACAGCAUGUCCGGGAAGCUGGAGCCAAGUUUCCCUCUCAGGCUCUUCCCCUCUAUCCCAGGGCCCCUGUCUGCCCACAGCGAAAAAUUUCGCCAUUACCUGGUGCAGGGAGGUCUCCGGGGACAGCUUCAGGGUCACUGGCUCCACGGGGCAGCCCCCAGCCAAGAUGUCCUGCAGACACUGCUGGGGAUGGGGGAAGGGUUAUGGGGGCCUGGGACAGCUCCCCCUUCCCCAGGCAGCCCCUCUCAAACCACAGGCUAUCAGCUGGCCACUCCCCUCACAACCCUGCUGACUCCCCAUCCUCUACUCACACCUCAUAUGAGCACUCACCUGGUGUCCUGGAACCCGGGAGGGUGGCUCAGCCUGGAGGGCCUGCACCAGGUGUGCCCUUCGCACGGUGCCCACCAGUAUCUGAGACUCUGGACAAGUGGAGAGGGAGAGGAAAAAAGCCACAUUAUGAAAAAGGAACUUACGUUUACUGGACUGCUACGAUGUGCCAAGAACGAUGCUGGGUGUUCUCAUGACUCUCGGGAACAUACAGCACCUAUGGGUCAGGAACUAUUAUCACCCAUUUUACAGGAGAGGAAACCGAGGCUCAGAGGCACAGAGAGGUUAGUUGUCUUGCCCAAGGUCACUCAGCUUCUGACGUGGAGGAGUGGUAGCUGAGGGUGGCCAGGUAAGGCUGCCAGGGGGCCGGGAGGUAACCUGCCCACCCCAAGAUGCCCCACCUGGCAGGGCCUCAAGGCAGGAGCAGGUCUGGGACACCUGCAUGAAACUGUCUGUGCGUCAGGGCUGGGCUUUGUCCCUCGUUUCCCAUAGGAAGUUGCACUGGCUCAGCCCAGUGAAGGCAUGAACCUGGAAGGCCGCCAUGUCCUGAGGUCCUCCUGUGUGCUGGAGGCCUGGCGAGCCUCACUGCAGGGUACCACUGGAGUCUGCAGGUAUUUCGUUUUGAGGGACAGCCUGAUAGUUUUGAUUUUUGUCCAGUAAAAUAAAAACUUUACAACUGGA